AUGCCUCCCUCGCAUGGAUCUCUCCACGAGGCAGUCACCAGUCUCAUCGCCAAGUACAGGAGUAGUACCGGAGCCGACCGUGACGAUCAUGUUGUCACCGAUCUACAGACGGCAGCCGCCGCCGCCGCCGCCGACAAGGAGAAUGAGCUCGGUCUGGCCGACUUGCUGGGCAGUCUGGUUGCGAGAUACCUGCGUCAGGGCCAGUGGGAUCUCGCCGCAGACCUGGCGCAACCGGUGCUGCGAACACGCGAGCAUGUCCUCGGCGAGACUCACCCAGCUACCCUGGCGGCGAUGAGUGGUCUCGCGUCGGCGUACUGGGGCCAGGCCCGCUGGACGGAGGCCGAGCAGGUGGGCUCGCGGGUCGCCGCCCUGCGAGAAUCGCUGCUGGGCGAGGACGAUCCGCUCACCCUCGUCGCCCAAUCGAAUCUUGCUGCCACGUACCGCGGGCAAGGCCGCUGGUCCGACGCCGAGGAGCUGGACCGCCGCGUGUUGGACCGCCGCGUGGCGACGCUGGGAAUCGACGACCCGGCAACAAAGACUUCCAUGGCCAACCUGGCGGUCACGUAUGCGGCGCGCGGCCGGUACGCCGAGGCGGAACAGAUCGAGCGGGCGCUGGUUGGAGAAGAAGAAGGAGAAGAAAAGAUGGCGAAAGGCGGAGGUGCAGGUGAUUCCGAGGUAGACUCCUCGGAGCCAGCUCUCACCCGGCGGUCGAACCUGGCCAUCACCUACCGGGAGCAAGGGGAGUAUGGGCGAGCGGAGCGGCUGGAACAGAGCGUGCUGGAGCAUCGCUUGGCGACCCUAGGCGGGCGCCACCCGCACACAUUGAUCUCCAUGGCCAACCUGGCGGCCAUCUACCGCGACCAGGAGCGGUGGGGGGAGGCGGAGCGGCUUGAGACUGCCGUCGUGGCCACGGGCGAGACGGUGCUGGGCGCUAACCACCCGACGACGCUGAUGGCGCGGGCCAACCUCGCCGCCACCCGCAGAGGGCAGGGCCGGCUCGACGAAGCCGCCGACAUGGCCCAAGCAAACCUGCAGCGGCUACAGGCCGUGCUGGGCGCGCGUCACCCGAUCACCCUCGUCGCCAUGACAGACCUGGGCGUCACCCUCCACCGGCAACGACGGCUCUCCGACGCCGCCGGCCUGACCUACUCCGCCGUCACGGCCAUGCAGGAGACCCUCGGCGCCGACCAUCCACACACCCUGACGGGGUUAGCCAACCUGGGGGGGAUCUACCAAACCCAGGGCCGGUGGGAGGAAGCCGCCCAGCUCGCGGAACAAGUAUACGCGGGGCGGCAAUCUGUCCUAGGCGAGUCGCACUGCGAGACCGUGCUGGCACGGGAGGAUCUGCGGCGGAUAGCAUGGGUGGAAGCUGCAGAUCGACUGAAGGAUAGUAGCAUAGCAUAG